CCGUAAAAUGUUUACCACUGUCGUAAACGAAACAGGAAUCACCUGCGGUUAACGUGAAGCGUGCAGUUCAUUAAACCAUCUUAUACUGAGUAUUUAGUUUAUUAUUUUUUGGUUAUCUAAGAUCACAUAGACAAGAGGACAAGAGUGACCGAUUACGACUCGCAAGGAUGUUUAAAAAAUUUGAUGAAAAGGAAAAUGUUUCAAACUGUAUUCAGCUGAAGACAUCUGUAAUUAAGGGUAUAAAGAAUCAACUGUUAGAUCAGUUUCCCAACAUUGAUGAUUGGCUCAACCAGAUAAUGCCCAAAAAGGACCCAGUCAAAAUUGUGAGAUGUCAUGAGCAUAUUGAGAUUCUUACGGUAAAUGGAGAGCUGCUCUUCUUCAGACAAAGAGAGGGGCCUUUCUAUCCCACCCUCAGACUUCUACACAAAUAUCCCUUCAUCCUGCCACACCAGCAAGUAGAUAAAGGAGCCAUCAAAUUUGUUCUGAGUGGAGCCAAUAUCAUGUGCCCAGGCCUUACAUCACCAGGAGCCAAACUCUACCCUGCUGACACAGACACAGUAGUUGCCAUAAUGGCAGAAGGGAAGCAGCAUGCACUCUGUGUGGGAGUCAUGAAGAUGUCUGCAGAUGACAUAGAGAAAGUAAACAAGGGAAUUGGAAUCGAGAACGUUCACUAUCUGAAUGAUGGACUGUGGCACAUGAAGACGUAUAAGUAAUGACAGACAUGAGGAUGUGGUGGAACUGUUUGGACCCCUUGUCACCAGGCUGCUACUGUUUACAUGAAUGGACUCAACUGUCUACCAUACCGAAAGCUUUGAAAACAACCCCAUUUUAAUGCACGAAUAAAACCCGCAUUCAAGUCA